AAAAAACAAAUUAAUUGUUUAUUCGAAUCAUCAAAUUUUCUCUUUUUUUCAAAACAAAGCAAUUACAACACUUUUUUUUACAAUUAACUGAAUAACACCCAUCCGGAUCUUCAAUUUUUGUUUCCCCCACCACCACUACUACAAUCUCAAAUACAAACAUGACUAUCGUCACCGUUCUCCAUCACGAUCGAUAAAUACCUACAUUGUUUUUUCUUUUUCUUUUUCAACCAACAUAAACAUAUAAAAAUAGGACAAUCUUUCCCAUUCAAAUCAAUUGGUCUGACAAAUAAAUAUCCACAACCUGUUUAUUUUUUCACUACUAUUCUUUUUUUUCUUCCUUUUUUCUUUACUGUCUUUGCUGUACUUUUAUUCCUUUUUCAUUUUUUACUCACCCACCCACACACAUACACACACAUAUAUAUAUAUACAUACACACACAUAACUCGACACGAUGUUCUCAAAGGGCAAGCUGCUGCUGAUCCCAGACUCCGCCGACAUUGUCCUGCAUGGCUCCCCACGAGACGCCCGAUGUGCAGUCAUUUCAGGCCGCAUAGUCUUUACAUCCAAAGUCCCACGCACAGUAAACUCACUAGUCGUGCGCUUCAAACCCAAACAAGACGAUCUGCUCAACCCGUCAAUCUCCAUAUCAAGUCUCUCCGAAAUAAUCUGCACAGUGGUCAAAGACGGGAAAACAGAGCCAACAUCGGACGAAGCCUCAUUUAACGCAACAACUGGCAAGCAAGAGUGGCAUUUCAGCAUGGGUGUGCCAGGAAAUAUCAGCGAAACACUCUGUGCUGAACUGCGCACAUCAUCGGUGAUGCGGUGGACGCCGUUUUGCAGAUUGACGUGCACGGUGCCUAUGGCGGUUAAGCGGAUUCCAGAGGCGGGCUCCGCGUGGGCUGCGCUGGCCAGUGAGCAAUUCACUAUAGCUUCCAAGUGGCGCGAGCGCGUGGAGCUGACGACAAUGGCGGGAUCGCGCACCGUCCAUGAUGCGCGUGCAUUCCAUAUUAGCGGCAAUGUGCGACCGCUGAUCAAGGGCAUGCGGCUUUUGCGUGCUGGGUUUGAGAUCCGCGAGUUCAUCGAGGGACCGUUUGACUGCAACAACGAUGGGAUGCCGUCGCGCGGCACUACUGUGGCCAGGUGCUCACGCGAGCUGAAUGUGGCAUCAUUGGAAAAAAGCCAGGACGGGUUAAGUGUCCAAAUGGGCUACUUUCCCAGCACCACCUUGCACCGGGUCGGCGUGGCCAUUGACCAGGAUAUUUGCAUAAGUGGCAGCUUGAACAUUCCUUGCGCAUACGAGAGUAUCCAGUAUGAUAUUGCCUCCGGACCUAUUAAGGUAUCGCACGAACUUGUGUUUGCUGUGUCUGUCGUUGAUGUGAGUGGUCAGGUGCAUAAUGUCAGGUUGUCUUCGGGAAUUUACGUUGUUGAUUUGCCGCGAUAUGAGAACUGUAACAAGGAUAUUUUACUUGCUGUUGGCCAGCGCCGGUCGCUGCGGAUGGCUUUGGCGUCGCAUCCGGAUACGAGGACACAGAGGUUUGUGGAAUCGUGGGCGGCAGAGAACGCGGGAGUCCACGAGGAGGAAUGCCCGCCACCUGAAUACUCUCUGGAUAUGGUCUUUUCGGAUCACCGUCGCUCACCACCGCAUGUCCAUGUUCGUGGUUCUGUAUAAAUAUUGCUGUU